GUGGAAUGGUGGAGCUAGCGAGCAUGGCAUGGAACAUGAUCCUGUUACUGUAUAUGCAUGUACUCGUAGUAGUAGGUAGCUGUAACCAAUGCAUGAUCAGCACAACCAGUCUGGAUGAUGUUGCUGGUCAGCUCAGCUGGAGCUGGUGACAACCUCCAGCAGUCCAGCCCCGGGCCGGGCCCGGUGCAUGUAAAUAUAUGCGGUGCCGGAGAGACUACUGAUUACUGACACUCUCUUGCUGCUUGGCGUCGCCAUCGCACAGUGACACGGCCAUCGGCACUCAACUCACUCCACAGGCUUCGUUUCAUCAUCAUCAUCAUCACCGUCGUCAUAGCCAUGGCCGCGCGUCACCACGCCCCGCACCUCCUCGCGAUGCUCAUGCUCUCGGCGGCCGGCUUCUUCUCCGUGGCCUCCGCCGCGCGCGACCUCGACGCAGCCAACCCGCUCGCGGUCGCGGUCGCGGCGCCCGCCGCUGGCCGAAACAACGACAACAACAACCCUCCCGAGCCUAACUACUACUCCUACCAUGGCGGCUACGGCGCCGUCCCGGCGGGCUACGGACCUGCAGGCGUCUCUGGCGCCGGCGGGUGGGGCGCGGGCUCCGGCGGCGGUGGCGGGUACGCACACGGCGGCGUGGAAGCGCCGACGGUGAUGUGCCAGGACAAGGGGCCCUGCUACGGCAAGAAGGUGGCGUGCCCCAAGCGCUGCUUCUGGUCCUACAGCCGCUCCGGCAGCGGAUACGGAGCCGGAGGCGGCGGCGGGUCCUGCACCGUCGACUGCAAGGACAAGUGCACCGCCACCUGCUGAUGGAUCGACGGGUAGAGCUAACUAGCUAUCUGCUCAUGGCUCUCCACUCGAUCGAUGACGAUAUAUACUACUACAUACAGUGUGUGUGCGCUUGUACUAUAUAUAUAUAUAUAUAUAUAUAUAUAUACAGUAUACAAUAGU